AUGUUUAUGGCUGCCUUGGGCGGCGAGCGUGAGACGGUGGGCGACGCCAUCUUUGGGGCGCUGAGCGAUCGCUUGAUUUGUAUCAAGGAAGCCUUCAAGGGCCGUCCCCGAGCGAUCAUCUCCUUGAACCUGUUCAACGGCUUCCGGCUGCUCUGCGACAAAGCAUCGAAUCCACAGGACCUGAAAGUCCAGGUCGAAACCUUGGCGUUCAAGCAUUUGGGCAACGAGAUCACUCAGCAACGCGUGGAUGGCGUCACCGAAGCCUUUUUGGAGUUGGUGCAGCAGAACGUACCUCAGCUUCCUCCAGGCUCAAUCAAUGCGUGGCAAAAGAUGCUGACCUACACGGGAUCUUGCUGCAGGUAUAUCAGUGCAACCUACACUGAUCGGUUGAAGAUCAUCAAGGCCCUCUCUAGAAGUUCCGCUCUCUGUCCAUUUGGAGACGAAUCGGUCACACGCUCCUUCGCGGGCAUGUGCACCUUCAGCAGCGAAGUCAUCGGACAACAGAUCGAAGGGUGGAUGGAAGAGCUCUUAGGGGUCUUCACUGACGCUCGGCAGUGGCGGAAGUGCAGUAAACAAGCGGUGCCGGAAUGCGAGCUGCUGGCGAUCAGCAUGAUUAGCAAAGCCAAGGACAUCCAAUUUGAGAAAUUCAAACCCGUGAUGUUGGCGGCUCUUCGGUCUUUGCUUCCCAAGACUUGGAGCAUGAGCCAUGAGACGGCUUGGGAGUGGCUUUGGGCCACCAUCAGCCACAACUUGAACGAGUCCACUCAAAAGGCCCGUGCCUUCAAGUCUUACAAUGCUCAGCUGUUUGCAUCUUUGAAGGAAGAGCAGUUGGAUAUCUUUCGCAACGAUCUUUACACGGACUUCUUUGCCAAGUGUGCGGCGAGCCAGGACAUCUUCAAGCAGUCCCAAACCAGACUUCACUACAUCGCGGAUCGGGUGCUGCAGUCGUCCUACGAGAUGUUCCACACGCCCAAAGAUGAAAUGGUGGACGAUCUCUCCGGCUUGGGGUUACGACAUGUAGGGUAUGGUGUCCCCAUCGAGCUCUUUGCGCCCUUCACGGACUCCUGUGUGGCUGUGGUGAAGGAUUUGGUCGCGAGGAUCUCAAAGCCGCAGCGGGUCUUGGGGCCUCGGUGUUCGGCCCUCCCGAGCUGCGAGCUGAACCGCGAGGAACGUGACGUGCCCGAACACAUGAUGGUGGAGGGCUUCCGGUGGUCCAUUGGCCUGGUGGCGCGCUUGCUGAUGCGCAUCAUCACUGAGGGCUCCACCGCAGUGAUGCAGGCCAUCUACCAGGACAGUGCCAAGCUUCUCCGACAUGCGCUGCAAGAAGCGCCCCGUGACGGCUUGCGGCCGGUGGUGUACUACAUGGAGCAUUUGCUGCAAGACCCCGAUGAGGAUCAGAUGAUCUCACGUGCGUUUGUGAGCUUCGUGCAAUUUAAGAAUCCGGGCAUCAUCGUCCACCCCAUCUUGAUCUUCGUGCCUCGCUGA